AUAGUUUUAAUGUAAACACAAAGAAAACACAUUAACAUGUUCUCGCAAAAUCCCACACUCAAAGAAGUUGAGAAGAAAGAAACGAGAGCACGCACAAAGUUGGGAAGAAAUGAAAGUGGGAGUGACAUCACCGCAAAUGCUCUACGCCGUAUCUUCACAACCUCCUUCUUUCGUGAACCCACGCGCCUCCCGUCUCUGCCCCUCGACCCUCAACGUCUUCUCUUCUCCGUUACAGAAGCUUCCACAAAUCAAUUUCAGGUGCAACUGUGCUCGCGAUUCUGGUGAAAAUGAGAGCAAAACAAUUCUGGAUGCAUUUUUCUUGGGGAAAGCUGUGGGAGAAGCCGUUAGCGAGAGGAUAGAAUCAGCUGUGGGCGAGUUCCUGAGCACAAUUGGCAGAUUGCAAGCUGAGCAACAAAAGCAAGUACAAGAAUUUCAGGAGGAGGUGCUGGAAAAGGCUAGACGAGCCAAGGAGCAAGCUGCAAAGGAAGCCAUGGAGUUGCAGGGACAAAUAAUUACAAAGUCUCCAGCUGCAGAUAAAGUAUCAGCAGUUAACGGUGUUACCAUAAAUGCAUCCGCAGUUUCUGGUUCUGUGACCUCAAUAGACUCAUCCUUGGAAUCAGAACCUUCCACUGAAGACCCUCAGAAUUUUAAUUGAGUUGUGAUCUUAUGACCAUACUCUGCUGUUGUGUUACUAUAUAGCUACAAGCCUACAAGUAUGAGCCAGUUGGCUUUUUACCCAACUAGAAUUCCUAAAGAUGGAAAAUGGCCAUGUUUUGUAAAAGUCUAAAUAUUAGCCAUUUUAUCAUAUAAAAAAGAUAAAUUUACCUUUACUCUAUAUUUAUUAUUAAAAGUCAACACUUCAAUAUUUCUAUCAUCUCUCCUCUUGAAUUCAUAGCAAGCCGAGAAGAUUCCGGCAACAUUUCGAGCAUAUUCGUCUAAAGGUAUUUUAACCAUUUAUCAUGUCUUUCUUUGUAAUGCUCAAUUUCCUACUCCCAAAAAUAAUUUUUGAAUUUCCAGAA